AUGUCAUGUGGUGAACAACAUAUGACGCAGAUGUCAUGUGGUGAACAACAUAUGACGCAGAUGUCAUGUGGUGAACAACAUAUGACGCAGAUGUCAUGUGGUGAACACAAUAUGACGCAGAUGUCAUGUGGUGAACAACAUAUGACGCAGAUGUCAUGUGGUGAACAACAUAUGACGCAGAUGUCAUGUGGUGAACAACAUAUGACGCAGAUGUCAUGUGGUGAACAACAUAUGACGCAGAUGUCAUGUGGUGAACAACAUAUGACGCAGAUGUCAUGUGGUGAACAACAUAUGACGCAGAUGUCAUGUGGUGAACAACAUAUGACGCAGAUGUCAUCUGGUGAACAACAUAUGACGCAGAUGUCAUGUGGUGAACAACAUAUGACGCAGAUGUCAUGUGGUGAACACAACAUAUGA